UCUUGACUUAUUUAAGUUCCUCUCUAUAUAUCUGUCUUUCUCUGUCUCUCCACACUUAAAUAUAUUUUAUUCAUGUAUCACUUCUACUCUGCUAUCAUAUAGUAAGAGUAGGACUGAAAAAUAUAGACAUAUUUCUAUGCCAGACGACAUGAGUAUUUCAGUAAAUGGACAAUCUCAAGUACCACCUGGAUUCAGAUUCCAUCCAACAGAAGAGGAGCUAUUGCACUAUUACUUGAAGAAGAAAGUUGCAAAUGAGAAGAUUGAUUUGGAUGUUAUCCAAGAAGUUGAUCUCAAUAAGCUUGAGCCUUGGGAUAUUCAAGAGAUAUGUAAAAUUGGAUCAACUCCACAAAAUGAUUGGUAUUUCUUCAGUCAUAAGGAUAAAAAGUAUCCCACAGGUACAAGGACAAAUAGAGCAACAGCUGCUGGAUUUUGGAAAGCAACUGGGCGUGACAAAGUCAUAUAUUCUAAUUCUCGAAGGAUUGGUAUGAGGAAAACCCUAGUUUUCUACAAAGGCAGAGCUCCUCAUGGUCAAAAAUCUGAUUGGAUCAUGCAUGAGUAUAGAUUGGAUGAUCACAUCAAUGAUAUUCACUCGUGUACUAUUGUUUACAAUGUUGCAAUGGGAGAGUCAUCACAACAAGAAGAGGGUUGGGUUGUUUGUCGCAUAUUCAAGAAGAAAAAUCACUUCAAAUCCCUCGAGACGAUCAGUCCUGCUGCAAGCCAGUCAAUUUCGGAUACCAGAAUAAAUCAGAGACUCUAUCCUAAUGAUGAAGGGGCCUUAGAACAACUAUUCCAAUACAUGAGAUCAAACACAUGCAAAGAAGAAAAUUACCACGCCAAUUACGACAUUAAUUUCCAUGACAAAUUCAUGCAACUUCCAAGCCUGGAUAGCCCUAAAUCCUCAAGUGAAGAUCCAAAGUCUAUAAAUUGUGAAGGGGGUUUGAGUAAUUGGGUUACUGUUGAUCGUCUUGUAGCUUCACACCUUAAUGGCCAAACAAGUAACGAUUAUAAUCAUGAUUAUGAGCACCAAUACAAUAGCAAUGUUGUGGAAGCUGGCAGUACUAAUCAUGAUUAUCAAGAAGAGUGUGAUCUUUGGAGUUUUUCACGAGGAUCAACUAAUGACUAGAUAUGCCACGUGUCUAAUGGAAUGAUCUGAGGAAGACAACAAUAUACUUAAUAAUCAUGUCUUGUAUUAAAGUCAAAGUGUUUAAUCAUGAACUACAUAUGUUUUUGAUUUAAUCAUGUAAAUAAUACUCUUUUACAUAAUUAAAGUUUGGUCUAUCUAAA